UCAGUCAAGGAAGAGAAAUGGCAAAUGCAGAUUGCGAAGUAACGUUGAUUGCAUGUUGCUUUCUUAGUUGACGUCAGAGAUACGACAUGUAGUGGAAAAGAACAAAGCAUAAAUUUGAAAAAACAAUAUGAGAUUUUGGAGACGGUCGAGGCAGUCUAGGCACUUUAGUACCUUUGAGGACAGUAACGCUAGAGGGGUUACAGAGUUAGCUGGAGGGCAUGGCUUGAGUAAUCUCCGAUGGAACCCCUUCUAUAGAGUGAGCCGUGCAGGACGUUUUCAUCCCUUUCACUCGGUUAUCAACCCAUUUCUGCACCAGACACAAGAGCAUGUGCCAAAAUGUUUAGCUCUUGUUUCACACUCUGAGAUUCUAAGGGGACAAAGCGUGGAGAAUUUUUCUCAUGAAUGUUGGCUUCAAAACCACUUACAUCAGUUUGCACAUUCAUCUGUAAACAAUCCUUCAAAUAACAAUGUUGAUCUGACAGAGGAGGUUGAAGACACAGAUGAUGUUGACGAUGAUAGCCCAGUGGGAAGCGAUACAGAGAGACACUCUGUCUCAUCUGUCAACAGCUUUGAGUUUGAUGAUGAUGAGGAGGAUGAUUUGCAGGAAGAAAGAUCAGAGAAUCAACUACCACCUGACAUCUUUAACUACACAAUGGCCAUAGAGCUGCCACCUUAUAACAAUGAACCACCGCCGAGUUAUGAGGAAGCUGUCGCAGAGGACGCUAGGAGAGAGAGGCAACUUAACUCAUCAACUCGAUCUCGAGAUGCUUUCCUGUGGUGAAACAUUGAGUUUUUGAGUUAGAUUAAACCUAUAGUGGUGCAUCGCUGUUCUGAAUUGAUUUGCUCUCUGUAUUGAGAUUGUGAUGUAUUAUUUGUUUCUUUGGAUUGAUUUUUUGCUAUUAUCAGAAGAAAAAAAAGUGUUUUAUAUGGCUAGUAGAUAUAUUGUCAACAGAUGUUAUUAGAAUAUAAUAUGUAUUCUCUAUAAUUAUAUUCAGUAUUGUAUGUUAGUUUUACUCAUGAACAGCUACUGAUAACACUCUUUAUAAUAUGUAUAAUUAUAUAUACAUGUAACUAUAGUAUCUAUUGGACAGCACAUAUUUGAAAGAAAAUUUUACUCAUCCCCGACAUUUCAUUCACAAUACUCCCGGUCUAAGAUAACAGUUUUGUAGGUGCCUGUAACAGCUCAGAAUAUGAGGCCAUCUUUAUUUGGGUGAAUAAUAUACUGAAUGUAUACCAUAUUUUUUCAGAGUGAUAUCAGUGAAAUCUAAUUGCCAGAUUUAUUGGACUUUGUUUUAUAGCAAGAGUAAGGCCAUGAUCAUAAUUUACCUAGGAGAAAUAAAGUGCCUUAUAGUGAUCUGUGAGUGAUUAGACCCCUGUGAUAAUACAAAGGUAAGAUCUGUAAGUGAUUAGACCCCUGUGAUAACAAAAAGGUAAGCUCAUUUACCGACUCUAUUGUGGACUACUGCUGCUGUUGUACUUCAUGUAGAUUUAGAGAUUUUUUUGGAUGUACUAAGACUAUGCUGUGUGCAUCAUUUAUGAAAAUUUUGUAUAAUCCAUGAUUAUCAACACACAUUUGUGGAAAUCUGAUUUGAAGAAAGUUAUCAUUAUUAUAGGGAAUUUGAUAUGAAAAUACAUGUAAUUCUUAUUGCAUGGUCGAUGGAAGCUCUAUAUGUAUCAAAUGGAUUACAAAUAUAUGAAUGUUCAAAUUUUGUUGUAGUUUGAAGAAAGUGAAGUUUUAUAAAUCCUUGACAAACUUUUUUGAAUCACUCUAUUUCUGGAAAUCUUUUCCUCCUUGCAGUGUUAACAAUUUUAUCUUAAUUCAGAUUAGCCCUUUUCAGUAGUGUUGGUUGACUUACAUGUAUAUUUAACCCCUUUAUGAAUUUAGCUAAGGUUAAAAUUUGAUCAUUAUGAAGGUGAAAAUGGGAAAAUAUAAUCAGGAUAAAAUGCUGCAUUCCUGUUUUUCUGAUGUAGUACCAUACAUGUAUAUAUAAAGUAUUAUAGACUUGACAUACCUCUAUAAAUCAUAUACUCAUUCCUCUUUGCGUCCCACUAUAUUUUGAAUUAUUACCCCCUCCCUUGUACAUGUCACUUAUACAUUGAUACACAUGUAGAUUUUAUGAUGUAUUCUGUGUUGCUUCACAUAUAGGCUUGGUAAUUGUUUGUUUUUAUGUAGUAAACCUUACUCUUUGGUAUAUAUUCAUUUUGUUAUAGCAACUGUAUAACCAUCAUGAUGUAAUCACUAGAUUUCAGCAUGAAAUACAUUAAAUAUCAUAUUUUUUUCAGAGAAGUAGAAUUUAAACUACAAUGUAGAUGAGAUGUCAGAUCUGCUGUAAACAUUAAUAUAAAUACAAUGCUUUUUUAGUUCCCAUGCAUACUUCUAUUUAUGUUGGUUUUUUUCCUUCUUUUGACAUACCUGUAUAUGUCAUGCAAACACAAACUAAAGCAAAUUUAAUGCUUAAUUUGAAACCAAAUAGGUGAAUUUCAUAUGAGCCUUUCCAUGAUUACAAAAUAUAAAGGAUGUGACACCAUGACAUAGGAACUUUAGCCUUUUGACUUGUGCAUAGGAACUUUAGCCUUUUGACUUGUGCGUAGGAACUUUAGUCUUUUGACUUGUGCAUAGGAACUUUAGCCUUUUGACUUGUGCGUAGGAACUUUAGCCUUUUGACUUGUGCUUAAGGUGAUCUGUUAUUUGUCAGAGUUUACUUGUGCUCUAUAAACAGGUACUGUAAAAUCACUUUAUUUUAGUGGGGUCAAUUUUUCAUAGUUUGAGGAAAAAAUAUUGAUUUGAGGGGAUUUAUUUUCAUGAUUUAAGAAGCUUAAUAUUGCUUUGAUUAGAAAUUUUAGCUUUGGAGAACAGGAGUUCAUGGGUCUCUUCAACCAUGAAAACAACAAAAAAUAAAACCCCUAAGCAAAUAUGUGAUUCACUGUACAUGUAUGUAAAUUCACAAGUUGAUGUUGUUGACUCCGAUGGCAUUUUAUUCGGGCAGCAUUUUUUGUGAGAUAUUGUUAGAAGGUGCACUUUGUUUUUUGUACACAUUGUUAAAAAAUUAUAUCCUUAAAGGAAGACAACAUAAGCUUCUAAAUACAAAGAUUCUGAAUCUAGACAGAGUUUGUUUCAAUCUGAUUUAGAGAAAUUAAUUAAUUUUGUGAUGGCAGAUUGUGGGUUGUUUUGAAGUUAUUUUUAUAUCUAUAUACAUGUAGAUAAGACUUGUUUUAGGAAUGCUUUACAUGUAUAUGUUAGGUUAGUGUUUGACUUUGAAAAACACCACUGUGAUUUAUUUUGAUAGAGCUAAAAAUAAACAAUUGAAAGUAGUUUACUGUAAAAGGAUAAAUUCAUACACUAUUAUUCAUAUGUAAGUUAUUAUAUAACAAUAUAGUAGGUAUUUAAAAAGAAUAAAAUGAAAACCUUUA